GAUCCCACCUGGACUCUAUCUGAAGAGAAUCAAGCCGCCCAUCAUGGCCUCCAGCAUCUCAGUGAGAAGUUACUCCAUGAACCGCCAGCCCUCCUUCUCCAGCCGCUCCCUGAUGGACACCAGCCGGGCUCGCUCUCGGGCUUCCGUGUCCUUCGCCGCCGCCAUCCCGCUGUCCCGUUCGUCCUCCAUCGGCCAGGACCUGAACGGGCCGAUGAGCCUGCAGCUCAACGGGCUGCACGGUAACAGCACCAACGAGAAGGAGGCCAUGCAGAGCCUCAACAGCCGCCUGGCCAACUACCUGGACAAGGUGCGAACGCUGGAGCGCUCCAACGCCGACCUGGAGGCCAAAAUCAAGCAGCUGAUGCUCGACCGCAUUCCCAAAGGUCACGACCUGGACUCCAUGAUGGCCCAGGCUCACGCUGUGGAGCAGGAGGUGAGAAAGAGGACCUUGGAAAACGCUCGCCUCAUGCUGGAGAUCGAUAACGCGAAGCUGGCAGCGGAUGACUUCAGAAUCAAGUGGGAGACCGAGCUGGUGAUGUGUCAGUCGGUGGAACGAGACUGUGUUGCUCUGAAAAAGGCCAAAACCGACCACGAGCAGAUCAUCGCCUCUCUGAGGGGGGAUCUGGACAGUCUGAAGGAAGAACUUUACUUCCUGAAGAAAAACCAUGAGGAGGAACUGGAGCAGAUGAAGUCUCGCAUUGCCAGAGACGAGGUGAACGUGGAGGUGGACUCCGCCAGCGGACCAGAGCUGGGAACCAUUCUGUCCGACCUGCGCUCCCAGUAUGAGGGGAUCGUCAAGAAGAACAAGGAGCAGGCGGAGCUGUGGUACCGAAAGAAGCUGGAGACGGUGCAGAACGAGGUGAAGGAGAGCAACGAGGCCCUGAGAGGAGCUCAGGGAGAGCUGACCGAGAGGCAACGCUUCCUGCAGACGCUGGAGGUGGAGCUGGAGAGUCUGCACAAACAGAUAGCAGCUCUGGAAGGCAACCUGGGCGAGACGGGCCAGAAGUAUUCAGGCGAGAUGGAGCGGCUGCAGGCCAACCUGAGCCAGCUGGAGGACGACCUCUCGCAGCUCCGGCUGGACAUGCAGCGCACCAAGACCGACUACGAGCAGCUCCUCCGCAUCAAGCAGAACCUGGAGAUGGAGAUUGCCACCUACAGGCGCCUGCUGGAGGGAGAGGAAACACUGAAAGAAGUUCCUCCUCCACCAAAAAAGGAGCCCGAUGUUCGCACCAGGAAGAUCGUGAAGGUGGUGACCCAGACGAUGGUCAACGGCAAGGUGGUGGAUGAGUCCAGCGAGGUGGAGCAGAUUGAAGAGACCAAGAAAUAGAAAAAAAAAAAGAAGGGAUGGGGGGGAUUAAAUAAACUGGAACAUAACGUAGAAGAAAAAUGACAGUGUUUUACAAAACUAAAGGAGACAGAGAAAAAAAUAAAGUCAGUUUAGCGUGAGAAUGUUGAAAUGUGGAGAUUUGUUCACUUUUUUUUUUUGCAAAGGCUGUUUUGGGGGCAUUACUUGACCAUGAAUGUGUUUUCAGAGAAUGUUUCCUAAUGUUAGCUUGAUUCUUGGUUCUGGAGAAGCUUAACUACUGCUGUAGCUACACAUGUGUUGAUGAAUUUUUAGAUAGAUGUGUGUGUAAGAGGACCUAACUAACCGCUAUCUAUAGCUUCAUACUGCUUCACUAACAACAGGUCAAGUAGUUAAACAAGAUAUUUAUUUCCUAGUGUGGUAAAGUUUACUUUAGUAAAAUUUAGUACAAACUUGAUGUCUUUUACAAGAAUAACAUUUAAUUGACUUUGCUGUUUU